AUGUCAACGCGACACUACUUUCCCUCCACCGCCGCCAACACGCUGGUGCCGCGCGCCCUCCGCGCCCUCACCUCCGCGCACCCUCACCUGCUCCUCGACGAGCCGCAGCGCGUCGUCUCCCACCGGCACCACGACCUCGCCCGCGUCAGCGUCGUCGGCGGCGGCGGCUCCGGCCACGAGCCCGCCUGGAGCGGCUUCGUCGGCGACGGCCUGCUCUCCGCCGCCGCGUGCGGCGACAUCUUCGCCUCCCCGAGCGCCGCCCAGGUGCUCGCCGCCAUGGAGGCCGCGCCGUCCGAGCAGGGCACAAUCUUGCUCAUCACCAAUUACACGGGCGACCGGCUGCACUUUGGGCUGGCGGCGGAAAAGGCAAAGGUAAAAGGAGCAGCGUCGGGACGGGAUAGACGUGUGGCGAUCGUGGCGGCGACGGACGACGUUUCUAUCGGGAGGAGCAAGUGCGCUCGGGUCGGCCGGAGAGGUCUGCCCGGCCACAUUUUCACCAUGAAGAUUUUGUGCGCCGCGGCGGCGGAAGGCUGGCUCUUUGACGACUGCGUGCGCCUCGCCGAGGCCGUCAACGCCGAGACCGUAUCCAUCGGCUCGGCGCUCGACCACUGCCACGUCCCCGGCCGCCAGCACCAGUCCGUCGCGGACGACACCUGCAUCAUCGGCGCCGGGAUCCACAACGAGCCCGGCCGGCGCGUGCUGACGCCGUUCCCGUCCAUCGACGCCAUCGUCCAGGAAUGCCUCGGUCUGCUGUGCGACCAGGACGACCCCGAGCGGAGCUUCGUCAAGUUCGACACCGGGGAUGAGGUGGUGAUGCUGAUCAACAACUACGGGGGCCUGUCGGUGCUGGAACUCGGCGCGCUGACGGACGAGGUGCAGACGCAGCUGGCAAAGCGGUACGGCGUGAGGCCCUGCCGCACCAUGGUCGGCACGUUCGAGACGUCGCUCAACGCCCCGGGCUUCUCCAUUUCUCUGGCGAAUCUAUCCGCAGCUGCGAGGCGGCACGGCACAACCGCUUCCACACUACUAAAGCUUCUUGACCGGCCCACGACGGCCGUCUCAUGGCCCAACAUCAUACGUCAUGGCAACAUCGCAGAGCAGAACAACAGCACAGCAAGCACAAAUGGUGCAGGUGCAGAGAAGGAACCCGUCGCGGACGGAUCCGGGCCGGAGACCUUCCCCGUCGACGCGACGCUACUAGAACGCGGCGUGCGGUCGGCGUGCGAGGCCGCUAUCGCCGCGGAACCGUAUCUCACCCGGUGGGACAUGGUCAUGGGCGACGGCGACUGCGGCGAGGCCGUCAAGGACCUAUCUCUAUCCGUCCUCGCCGUCCUCGACACCACCCCCACCACCACCUCCCUUCUCAGCUUCCUGCGCGCCCUCAUGGACACGGUCGACAAAAUGGGUGGCACCCUCGGCGCCAUCUUCGGCAUCUUCCUAUCCGCGCUGUACUCCGCCCUCGCCGGCGGUGCCCGGCUACCCGCCGCCGUAGCCUCGGCCGUCGCCAGCCUGCAGAGCCACACGCCGGCGCGCGAGGGCGACCGCACCGUCAUGGACGUCUUCAUCCCGUUCGCGGCGGCGUACGCGAGCGGGGACGGGGACUUUGCGGCGGCGGUGCGCGUGGCGGGCGACAAGGCGCUGGGCACGCGAAGGAUCAGACCCAGCCUGGGAAGGGCGAGCUACGUCGGCGAGGAGGCGGCCGCGCGGGAGCUUCCGGACCCGGGCGCCUGGGCGCUCUACGAGAUGCUCUGGGGCCUUGCGCAGGGGCUCGGCGUGGAGGUGCCGCGGCUGAGCAGGGACGAUGCAGAGGGGUAG